AUGUUUUCUAACUACUCAAUUGGCCAAAACAUCAGUUUUUGGGUUGACAAUUGGGGAUUUUGUGAGUUGAUCCAUGAGCCAUUGAACAAUAAGAACAAGGUUCAUCGACAAGGAACCCUACAUCAAUUUGUCCUGCUACGAUUACUCAAACAAUUAGUUCCAGAGGUGACGAACGAGGCAGCACCAGGAUAUUCGUUUGCAGCAAAUGCAGUUUGGAAAAGGUUCUACGACUAUAGGUCAAUAUUUCAAGCAUGGAAUGGUAUUGAGCUAAGCACUUACGAAGAAUUAAAGAAAGACGACGUAAAAGGUGUUUUGAUCAAGAAAGCUGAAUGUUCGGACAAAACCGUUUUGGAGCCAGAUCUAGCAAUAUACUACAUCCCAAAUCUUGCAAUUCUGGCAAAUAGCCCUCAUUUUUACACGGAGUAUCUAACUACAUUGCACUCCUUGCUUCUUCUCCAGGGGUUUAAAAAUCCAGUGAUUUUGAUUGCACAAAUGAAGUCCCCCUCAAAGGCCGAGUUUCCUGAUCAGCUGCUUACUUUACUACACGGCUGGAAAUAUAUUACUGACUCAUACCCAAAGGCAAAAUGUUUUAUAGCAGGAGACUCCGCUGGUGCAAGUUUAGCAUUAAGUUUUUUGAUCUUCAGAUCUGCUCCAGAUAGCUCAAUUUUCACGAAGCCUGAAGAAGAAUCAGACGAGAAUCUAGAGCAGAAAAAUGCCACAAUCAGCUCAAUAACUGAAAAUCAUAUACCACCGCCUUUUGGAGCUAUCAUCAUAUCACCUAUUUUGAAGUUUCGUGGUGUCACAGAAAGGCCUUCAGAGGAUCAAUGUCCAGAUUUUUUGACCUCGAGCUUCAUUAACAGGAUUUCUCAGAACUACAUUCCUCCCAACUUGCCAGAUCUGGAGGCUCUUCAUAGCCCAGGUUUCUGUAACAAUUCGAAUAAAUGGGAGCAGUCGUUUCCUGAAAAGGGAAUCAUUCUAACGUGGGGAGCAGAGGAACUUCUCAACAACGAAAUUGAAGAGUUCGGAAAUAUUCUUGCAAUGGCUGGUGCUACAAAAAGAUGGAAAGUGAAAAGUGCAGUGCAUUCUUGGCCCUUUGUAUCCUUUCUGACGGAGGAUGCUCAGGAUGAAAAAGAGGAUAGCUGUUUUAUCUUUGCUGGAAUCAUCUCUCGAAUGGCUUUGUGGCACUCAGCAUACUACUUGGAUCCCAACUCGUCCAAAGAGCCAAUGAAUUUGCUUACAAUUGAUGAUGAUCAUCUGUGA